CACAAUGCAGCGGGGUAAUGUAUUAACAUGGCGUCAGUGGCUGCUGUUUUGACCAGGGCCGUGGGCUUUGAAAAACAAUAUGUAGACCACGACCAUGGAGACAUCUGAACCAUAAUCCGAAACCAACUCCAGAGCUCGAAAGUAAGUUAGCUGGUGCUGUUGCGUUUAGCGCCAGUCGAAGCGGGCCCUGGGUGUUUUUAUUGACUUGCCGCUGUGUGCCAACUGGGUACCAGGAUUAUUUAUUUCCCGUGGCUAGCGGAGCCGGACGUAGUUAGCUCACAGCGUACUCGGCUAAACAAAGUGAGUCUCCAGGAAGUCCGGGCCAGUCCUCUCCACACCACAGGGAACACGUUUGGGUUUUAAUGACUUUAGGUGGCCUGCCUCCCCGUUCAUCUGAAGUGUGGUGUUGACUCCACCAGGAACAAGAGCAGCAGGGCAGGAGGGAUGGAUGAGUCCAGAAGUCCAGUGAAAUCAGUCAGACAGUCUCAGCCGAGAGGAACCAAGACCUCAUCCAGUGAGAAGUCAAAUAAAGAGGCUUGUGUGCAAAAAGAGGGCAACAAGUCUGCGCCCCGCGGCAGAGAAAACCUCGCCGCUGCAAAGGAUGAGCACUAUAUAGGCAGCCAGGUGAGCCGCGGGCCAGGCAAGACUCUUGCAGACUUCCCCCAGGACAGGAGGCGAGGACGGCCGUCCAGGCUGACUAGACUCACUGGGAGAACGAGCUCCGGGGAAAGAGGCAAAGGAAGACUGGCAAGCACGCAGCAGCAGCAGCAGCAGCAGCAGCAGCAGCAGCAGCUGGUGGCACAAACCCCUGACUCCAGGGCAUCUCUUUCUGCAGACAGCAGCCCGUUAACAAACAGAGAGACCAGCUCUCCUGUGGUACCUGCGACGCCUGCGAAAGGCCUCACGGAGCAGGCCAGGAGCUCCGCUGGAGCCCAAGCAAAGGAAAAGUCACACGGGGGGAGAAGUGCAGCACCCAUGCAUCAGUCAGCUGCAGACGGCACAGAGGUGAGGUCCGCUGUGGACGACGGGCCUCUCACAGAGCAGCAGCUGGGCCUCCGACAGGCAGAGGAGCGCCUCUACAGGGACUACAUCCACCGGCUGUUGAAACAGUCCCCCGAGUAUCCCAACUAUCAAUACUUAUGCAAGCUCUGUUCCGUGCACAUUGAGAACAUCCAAGGAGCCCACAAACACAUCAAGGAGAAGAGACACAAGAAGAACAUCAUGGAGAAACAGGAGGAGAACGAGCUGCGCGCCCUACCGCCUCCCUCCCCGGCCCAGAUUAGGGCCGUGGAUGCGUCCGUCUUAGAAACCGCCCGGCAGCACGGGAUCUCGGAGGAGGACUUCGAGGUCCGGAAGGCGGUGGUCGUCCGGAUGGAGGGGAUCGUAAAGAGGCACCUCUCAGCUUGUUCUCUGCGUCUCUACGGUUCGUGUCUUACCCGCUUUGCCUUCAAGACAAGUGAUAUCAACAUUGACGUCACCCACCCUUCCUCAAUGACACAACCUGAAGUCUUGAUUCAAGUGCUGGAAAUCCUCAAAAACAGCCCUGAAUUUUCUGAGGUUGAGUCAGAUUUUCAUGCCAAAGUUCCUGCUGUGUUCUGUCGGGAUGUCAGCAGCGGCCUGAUGUGUAAAGUGAGCGCAGGCAAUGACCUUGCUUGUCUCACCACCAACCACCUGGCGACCCUGGCUAAACUGGAGCCCAGGCUGGUUCCCCUGGUGCUGGCCUUCCGUUACUGGGCAAGGUUGUGUCACAUCGACUGCCAGGCGGAAGGUGGAAUCCCGUCGUACUCCUUCGCCCUCAUGGUCAUCUUCUUCCUGCAGCAGAGGAAAGAGCCCAUCCUGCCCGUCUACCUGGGCCGCUGGGUCCAGGGCUUUGACGUGAAGCGCGUGGACGAGUAUCAUCUAACUGGAAUUGCGUUGGACAUGUUUGUCAAGUGGGAGCGCAGACCUCCGAGCUCCACAGAGGGACGGGGCGAGAACCGGAACGAGGCCCGAGGAGAAGGCCGACAGAAGCCGGAGCAGAACAAGGGGUCAGAGGAUUCGCACCAUUACUCAGAGGGCCUGACCCGUCUGACCUUGGACCUCGGUAAGAAUGUGUCCCUGGGCCAGUUAUGGCUGGAGCUCUUACGUUUCUACACACUGGAAUUUGCUCUUGAAGAAUACAUCAUCAGCAUCCGCUUAAAGGAGCUCCUCUCUAGGGAGGUGAAGAACUGGCCUCGUCGCAGGCUCGCUAUUGAAGAUCCUUUUGCCUUGAAGAGGAACGUUGCACGAAGCUUGAACAGCCAAAUGGUGUUUGAGUACAUCCAGGAGCGCUUCCGCACGGCGUACAAAUACUUCGCUUGUCCUCAGAAAAGGGGCAACGGAGGACGCCAGAAAAAGAAGAAGGGACAGGGUGCAAAACUGGAAGGCGGCGAGACGACGGAGGCGCCGCUUGCGAGGAAGGAAGACGACGACGACGACGGGAAAGGCGAAAAAAGCCACGACGCUCCGAGGGGCCAGCAGGGCUCCAAGGAGGACGAGGAGGCGGCAAGCGACGAUGAAGAUGGUUCAGAUCCGUCCAGGAAGAGGGAUGACAAGACUUUAGACGCCAGCCUCAUGGACAUGGUUCUCGCUGAGGGGAACAAAACCUCCUUCUCCCCCAAUGGGCUGCUGGACAGUGACAGAGAAGGGGAGGAGGAGGAGGAGGAGGAAGAAGACGAGGAGGAAGAAGAAGAAGAGGAGGACGAGGAGGAGGAGGAAGAGGAAGAAGAGAACAGUGUUUCAGAGAAGGAAGGGGCGCCCACAUCAGAUGACCUGCACUAUGUUUUUGAUAAGAUGAUUUUCACUGGAGGGAAGCCUCCGACCGUCGUGUGCAGCAUCUGCAAACGGGACGGUCACCUGAAGGACGACUGUCCCGAAGACUUCAAGAAGAUUGAGCUGAAGCCUCUGCCCCCCAUGAACGACCGCUUCAGGGACAUCCUGGACGGACUCUGCAAACUGUGCUACUAUGAAUUGUCACCGUCGCACCUUGAGCAGCAGAAGAGGGAGCAGAUCCUGGCCGGUCUGGAGAGGUUUAUAAGGAAGGAGUACAACGAUAAAGCCCAGCUCUGCCUGUUUGGUUCCUCCAAAAACGGGUUUGGAUUCCGCGACAGCGACCUUGACAUCUGCAUGACUCUGGAGGGUCACGAGACUGCAGAGAAUCUGAACUGCAAAGAGAUCAUCGAAGGCCUUGCUAAAGUGCUGAAGAAGCACACAGGUUUGAGGAACAUCCUGCCUAUCACCACAGCUAAAGUGCCUAUAGUGAAGUUUGAACACAGACAGAGCGGCUUGGAGGGGGACAUCAGCCUUUAUAACACCCUGGCGCAGCACAACACCAGAAUGCUGGCGACGUACGCAGCUCUGGACCCACGUGUGCAGUUCCUGGGCUACACCAUGAAGGUCUUUGCCAAGCGCUGUGACAUCGGAGAUGCGUCCAGAGGGAGCCUCUCCUCCUACGCCUACAUCCUGAUGGUGCUUUACUUCCUGCAGCAGAGGCAGCCGCCGGUUAUUCCCGUUCUGCAGGAGAUUUUUGACGGGAAGAACGUUCCCCAGAGGAUGGUGGACGGCUGGAAUGCUUUCUUCUUUGAUGACCUCAAGGUUCUGCCUCAGCGUCUCUCAGAUCAGCAGCCGAACACGGAGUCGGUGGGAGAGCUGUGGUUGGGGCUCCUGCGCUUCUACACGGAGGAGUUUGACUUCAAGGAGCACGUCAUCAGCAUCCGCCAGAGGAAACGCCUCACCACCUUCGAAAAGCAGUGGACCAGCAAAUGCAUCGCUAUUGAAGACCCGUUCGAUUUGAAUCAUAACCUCGGAGCUGGAGUUUCUCGCAAAAUGACGAACUUCAUCAUGAAGGCCUUUAUAAAUGGGAGGAAGCUCUUCGGGACGCCCUUCUAUCCCGUCCCCGGUACCGAAGUGGAUUACUUCUUUGACUCUAAGGUGCUGACGGACGGAGAGCUGGCGCCCAACGACAGGUGCUGCAGGAUCUGUGGGAAGAUCGGACAUUACAUGAAGGACUGUCCAAAGAGGCGCAGGAUGAAGAAGAAGGAAAACGACAAAGAUGAAGACGUGAAAGAGGAGGAGCGCGAGCCGAAGGACCGACGCUGCUUCCAGUGCGGAGACAUGGGUCACGUCCGGAGAGACUGUCCCGAGUACCGUCACCUGAAGAGGACCACCGGAGCUCCAGCUCCACACAUGGUACGAACUAUAGUGAGCUCCCAGUCCAUCCCUAUUCCUCAGGCAGCAGCAGACUGUCCUGGACGGACCAGACAACCCUCCGAAUGUUCCGACAGUCGUCAGACUCCACCCUACUCCCCCCAGCCCGUCACCAUCGCCCAGAACUCCUCCCAGUCCUCCAGCUCCCCUCAGCCCUCCCACAGCAAGACCAGUUCUGCAGGUCCCCAGAAGCAGCCUCCUCACCCCCAGGUGCCCCUGCCUCUCUUCAGCUUCCCCACCUCCCACCCGGGCCAGUAUCACCCGGGGGCGCUGACGGCGCUGGGCCUCCUCCCCCCCCACCAGCACCAGCACCAGCCGCACCAGUCCCAGGGCCAGCCCCCUCACCCGGUCCACAUCCCCUCCACCUCCUGGCCCAUCCACGGACCGGUCCUCACCACGUCCUCCGGCACCGCCCCCUCCCCGCCGGGCCUCAAGUUCGCCCUGCGCUCGGCGUCGGGGAACGGGAGUCCCACGGGCUCCGGGGGCAACCCCAGCCCCAUGAACCUCAACGACCCCAGCAUCAUCUUCGCCCAGCCGGCGGGGAGGCAGAUGGGCGUGGGCGUGGGCGUGGGCGUGGGCGUGGGGGGGCCGGGACGGGAAGGACACUGGCACAACCACAUGGCACAACCGGGGUCUCUCAUGGGCAACGGCACUGUAGUGAAGUCAGAGUCGGGUCACUCUGCUCAGUUCGUAGGCGUGAGCCAAGGCUCUCGGUUAUGGGAGCACAACAAAACUCCCCAGUACACCCUGUCUCCGUCGUGGCCCUACAGGAUGCCCCAGAACUACAUCCAGCAGGGCAACGGGGGCUACCAGCCCGGAAAACCCUUCGUGGCCCAAGGUUCUGUGGUUCACCCGAACCCGAACUUCCCCCUGGUUCCUCACGUCCGGCAUCAAGUCAACCUGAACUUCAUCCAACAGAAGAAGUAAAACUCUCUUUUUAAAAGUAGGUUAAUGGUCAGUAACAUAGCAAAAUCCAAAUUAUGUACUAUUUACUAUCAUUCGAUCACAGGAAGUUUUUUGUUUUUUUUUUAAAAAAAGAAAAAAGAAAAAUGAAUUUUAUCAUUUUUGUACAGUUUUUAUGUUUUAUUUUCUUGUCUCAUUACAUUGAUUUGUGAUACAAAUGUCAAAUAUUUUAAUACCCCCAUUUUUGAGGGGGUCCAAAAAAGUGUUUUUAUUUUAUGUGUAAAGUAAGGAGGACAAAUGUAAACCUUUAUUUUUCUUAGCUGUAUUCAUACUUUGCUUGCCGCGAGACGAAGGCUUUGAAUAGAUGUUUGUUUUAAAAACGAUCUAACAUGUCACCCUAAGUACAGUAUGUAGUGCCAAACGCAGGGAUAGCAAGACAAAA